CCCUUGACAGGGCGUUCAUGAAAAGCACCCCUCUCGGCCCGCAAAAAUUCGUCCCGCGAUGACUAGUAAUCUCUGAAUUUUGGUGUAGAGAAAACGGCAGAUCCAACAAAAGACUACAGUAGUGUGCAUAGUGGAAGGUCUUCCUUUUUCGUUGCAAACAUCUAAACCAUGUCUCUCGUUCCACCCGAAAGAUCUACUUUCCAACACAUUAUCCGUCUUCUCAACACUAACGUUGACGGUCGUGUCAAGAUCCAAAUUGCCUUGACCUCCAUCAAGGGUGUUGGUCGUCGUUUCGCCAACAUUGCCUGUAAGAAGGCUGAUGUCGAUCUUACCAAGAGAGCUGGUGAACUUUCUUCUGAAGAAUUGGAACGUAUUGUCACCAUUCUCCAAAACCCCGCUCAAUACAAGAUCCCUACUUGGUUCCUUAACAGACAAAAGGAUAUCAUUGAUGGCAAGUCUUCUCAAAUCAUUUCCAACGUUCUCGAUACCAAGUACCGUGAAGAUCUCGAACGUUUGAAGAAGAUCCGUAACCACCGUGGUCUCCGUCACUACUGGGGUAUUCGUGUCCGUGGUCAACACACCAAGACCACCGGUCGUCGUGGCCGUACCGUUGGUGUCUCCAAGAAGAAAUAAGUAAGUUGCCACUUUUGUUUAGCAAAUGUUUAUCAGAUAUUCUUUCAACAGAGGGAUGAGUAAUGGGCAAAGAUUUGGAUCAAAAAGACUGACAGCCUGUUUGCCUGUUUUUGAAUAGAUUGUUUCUGUCUUAUUAUUCGUUGUGUACAUUGGAACAUAUUAUUAAAUACGUUUGCUAUGGGAAAAACGCUUUCUUUUUUGUUGUGGAUAUGGCAAGCUUUUUUUUAUUUCAUACAAAUAAA